CCCUGCGAGGGACAGGACGGGACCCCCCGGCGCCCCGGGGGCAGCAUGGAGCCGGAGGAGGCCUUUAACGGGAGCCUGGCGGCCGGCACUCGUGGUGCCGGCGGCAGCUCGGUGGUGGCCAUCAUCGGCGCCGAGGACGAGGACUUUGAAAAUGACAUCGAGCCGAACCCUGACGACCAGAACAGCCUGUUCCAGAGCCUGGAGCUGGUCCGGCAGCACCCGGCCUAUCUCAUGGCCUUCCUGCAGCAUGUUGUCCUCCAGUUUGACUCCUGCCCCGUGCUCUGCUACCUGCACGUGGACAUGCUGCGCAGGAUGAACCCCAAGGAGGGCAAGAAGCAGUUCCUGGAGUUCUGCCACAUGUUCCUGGACAAGGCGGGGCUGCUGCGGGUGCCCGUCCCCCACCAGGUGCAGUUCGAACUGGACCGGACGCGCCCCGAGCUGCUGUCGGACGAGGUGCAGCGCCGGUACCUGCAGGAGAUCCAGGCCUUCCAGGAGCCCGAGAUCUCCCGGCAGCUGGAGGACUUCAGGUCCAAGCGGCUGAUGGGGAUGACGCCGGGGGAGCAGGAGCUGACGGAGCUGGAGUCCUACCGCACCCGGGACCACGGCAUCCGCGAGGCCAAGGAGAAGCAGCUGGCGGAGGUGCUGCUGGCCCGCCUGGAGGAGAUGCACCUCACCAUUUCUUCCGACGAGGAGAAAAGCUCCGCCAUCUUCGGCGCCAUCGUCACCUACAUGAAGUACCUGGGGGUUAAAACCAAACUGGGCGACGGCAAGAAAUCCAAGUCCAACUUCUUCCGCAAAAAGAUUUCGGGGAGCAAGAAGGCGGACGAGCUGCAGGCGAAGUCGCGGAAGGGCUUCAGCCUGCCGGGGGCGGCCCUCUGGGGCCGGGACGCCCACAAUGCCGAUUUCAGGCAAAGCAAAGUCCCUGAGGGCGAAGCCGAAAAGGUGCCGCACCCCGAGAGGAAGGGCCCGAAGGCUGCCGAGAGGAUGGACGGGGGGGCUGCGCGGCCCAGAGGGGGGGCGGCCGGGACCCCCGACCCCCCCAGCGUGGCUGUCACCAUCAACCCCCCGCCAGGGGAGGGCGCCGAGGGCGAUCCAGGCUCGGACCCCCCGGGCUCCUCGGAGCUGGGAGACCCCCCCCCGCGAGGCCUCUGCCCCACGGAGCCCCCCGCCAGCGAGCAGCACCCCACGGAGGAGGGGGCCGAGAACGAGAGAAGACGGAUCAGGCUGCCGGGGAAGCUGGGGCGCUCGGAGAGCCUGCGCGUGUACGAGCGGAAGCGUUCCCAGCGCGGCUCGGCCAAGGGCAAGCAGCCCCGCUCCCACAGCGACGUCGACCUGCAGGCGCCCCCCCCUCUCUCUCCCCCUCCCCGCAGCCUGGAGCCGGGGGGGCCGGGGGGGGGCGAGCCCCCGCAGUCCUUUCUGCCUCCCCAGUCUGAGGAGACUGAGCCGCGCGUUGCGGAGCUGGAGCUGGAGCCGCCGCCCUGGCGGCAGCUCGCCGCCCCCGACGCCCUCCUCAGGCUGAAGAAGAGCGAAGUCAAGCGGCAAGAAGUCAUCAACGAGCUGUUCCUGACGGAGCACGCCCACGUGCGCAUGCUGCGCGUCCUGCUGGAGGUCUUCUACCAGCCCAUGCUGCGCGAGGCCUUCUUCGACGAGCACGAGCUCUCCAACAUCUUCCCCAGCCUGGAGGACCUGGUGGAGGUGCACACCCUCUUCCUCGACAGCCUGAAGAAGCUGCGGGAGGAGAGCGGCUACGUCAUCUCGGAGAUCGGGGACGUCCUGCUGGCGCGGUUCGAGGGCACGGAGGGCAGCUGGUUCCAGAAGAUCUCGGCGCGCUUCUGCAGCCGCCAGUCCUUCGCCCUGGAGCAGCUCAAGGCCAAGCAGCGCAAGGACACACGCUUCAGCCAGUUCAUACAGGAGGCGGAGAGCCAGCCCCGCUGCCGCCGGCUGCAGCUGAAGGACAUCAUCCCCACCGAAAUGCAGCGCCUCACCAAGUACCCGCUGCUGCUGCACAACAUCACCAAGUGCACCGAGGCCGCAGGCGAGCGGGCCAAGGUGGAGCAGGCGGCCGAGUGCUGCCGCCAGAUCCUGAACCACGUCAACCAGGAGGUGCGGGACAUGGAGAACCUCAUGAAGCUGAAGGACUACCAGCGGCGCCUGGAUCUCUCCAACCUGAAGCAGAGCAUGGACCCGCUGCUGAGCGAGUUCAAGAACACGGACAUCACCAAGAGGAACCUGGUGCACGAGGGGCCGCUGACCUGGCGCGUCACCCGGGACAAGGCCGUGGACGUGCACGUGCUGCUGCUGGACGACCUGCUGGUGCUGCUGCAGCGGCAGGAGGAGCGGCUGGUGCUGCGCUGCCACAGCCGCACCAUCACGCCCACGCCCGACGGCAAGCAGAUGCUGAGCCCCAUCAUCAAGCUCAGUUCCGCCAUGACCCGCGAGGUCGCCACAGACCACAAGGCCUUCUACGUCAUCAUCAGCUGGGAGAACGGGGCCCAGAUCUACGAGCUGGUGGCGCAGACCGUCUCGGAGAGGAAGAACUGGUGCGCCAUGAUCAGCGAGACGGCCGGCUCCCUCAAGCUGCCGGGCUCCCACCGGGCGAAGACGGCGCGGGGGGGGCAGAGCCCCCACAGCCCCAUCUAUUACCGGGAGCCGCUGCUGAGCAGCUCGGAGAACGGGGGGUCCCUGAAGGAGCCGCUGCCCCUGGACGAGCGCGAGAAGGACGGGGCGGUGGAGGGCACCGAGUUCGAGGGGAGCCCCGAGAAGAGGGAGGCCGAGCGGGCGCUGGCGGAGCUGCUGGCCCUGCGCAGACCCCUGCGGCCGGGCGGAGAGGGGGGCCUGGCCGCCGCCGCGCUGGGCAGAGUGUCGGCACUGAAGCAGCUGCUGCCGGGGCUGCCGGCGGGGGCUGGUGACGGGGCCGCCUCCCCCCCCGAGGACACCUGGGGGGGCCCCGGCCCGGCCCCCCCCGAGGAGGAGCGGCGGGACGCGGGCGACGGGGCCGAGAGCGAGGGCGAGGGCCGCGGGCAGCGCCCCGAGGGGGGGGCCGCAGGGGGUGCCCCCAACGGCCCCCGCUCCCCGCAGUGGGGGUCCCGGCUGCCUGAGGCGGGGGGGCCCGUGCCCCCCCUGGCGCUCCCCCCCCAGCAGGCGGCCUGGCUGGGGGACGAGCUGCAGGGCCUGGAGGAGACGCUGCAGAGGCUGAAGGAAAUCGAGGAGCAUUACUGGCAGCUCCAGGAGUUCCUGGCUAAGCGCAGCUCCACCGGCUGCCUCUUCACAUGAGGGCAGGCCCCCCCUCCGGCGGAUUCGGGGACCCCCCUCACCCCACGCCAUGGGGCAGCAGCCGGGAGCCCCCCCCGCCGCACCGGCCCCACGGCUCCCGACUCGUACGUAGCCCCGUGCCGCCGGGGGCGCCCCACCUUCCCUGGUACCGUUCUGGGGGGGUCCCACGCCCCCCCCCCCCCCGAGCUGUUUCUUUUGGUUUUAUACAUUUGCUGGGAUUUUAUAUAAAUAUAUAUAUAUGGGACUGCAGCGGGGGGGGCGCGGGGGGCCCCGCUAUGCCGGGCUGGGGGGCCCCCCGAGCCCUGGGGCUGGCUGGGAUUUUUUAACCUUUGUACAGAAAACGGGGGGGCCCCGAGGGGCGGCCCCCCCCUCUGCUACCGCAGGGACCCCAGACCCCCCUGCUGC